UUGUGACCAGUCGGUUUUUGAAAUUAAUGGCAUUGGAUUAUUGGCAUUAGUCUCGCGAAACGCUUUGAGAUAUUUUUAGAUGUAGUGGUGGGUGUGUUUUGGGAUACCUUUGCUUUUGGUCAUAGGACUGCUUCAAGAUGAUGAAAUUCAAGGUAUCCGGCCUCGUGGCCGACUUGAUGCCCAACAUAAGGCUCAUACAAGCAUCCGGUCAUUUCAUGUUCAACUACCACGCCGACAACUCCGGAGCCUUGCACGCCUUGAGACUGGGAUACUCCUGCGCGCAUCUGCUGUUCUGCCUUUUUCAAUAUGGAUGCAUUUUUGGAAAUCUAGUGGUAGAAAAAGACGACGUCAAUUACCUGGCAGCAAACACGAUCACUGUGCUGUUUUUCACGCACUGUAUCACAAAAUUCGUGUAUUUCGCCUUAAGAUCGAAGUUGUUUUAUAGGACUUUAGGCAUUUGGAAUCAGUCCAACAGCCAUCCCUUGUUUGUAGAAUCCAACAACCGAUACCACGCUUUGGCCUUAAAAAAAAUGAGGACUUUAUUGAUUUGUGUCACAGCUACAACAGUCCUUUCAGCGGCAGCAUGGACUGGCAUCACCUUCGUCGAAGAGAGCGUGCACAACAUAAAAGAUCCCGACAACGAAAACGAAACCAUAACGGAAGAAAUACCCAGACUGCUGAUCAAAUCCUGGUAUCCUUGGGACGCUAUGUCGGGAAUGGCCUACUACGGAUCGCUGAUAUUCCAGAUUUACUACGUCCUUUUUUCCCUGGCCCACGCCAAUCUAAUGGACAGCCUGUUCUGCUCCUGGUUAAUAUUCGCUUGCGAGCAACUGCAACACUUGAAGGAGAUAAUGAAGCCUCUGAUGGAACUCUCGGCCUCUCUAGAUACGUAUGUACCAAAAAGUGCUGACCUCUUCAGAGCACCAAGUGCGAAGUCUCAGGAUAAUUACAUAGAAAACGAUUACAACGCUAAAAAUGAGGAACUAAACCUAAAGGGCAUCUACAACACCAGACAAGAGCUAGGUGGGAACUUCAGGAGUGGAGCUUUGCAGACGUUUGGACAAGGUGGGGUAGGUCCCAACGGGUUGACCAAGAAGCAGGAGCUCAUGGUGAGAUCAGCCAUCAAAUACUGGGUGGAGAGACACAAGCACGUUGUCAGACUCGUUACAGCUAUUGGCGAUGCUUAUGGCGUGGCACUGUUGCUCCACAUGUUGACGUCAACAGUUAUGUUGACCCUUUUGGCUUACCAAGCCACCAAAAUCAACGGUGUAAAUACUUACGCUGCUACCACCAUUGGAUAUCUGGUGUACUCUUUGGCCCAGGUUUUCCACUUCUGCAUUUUUGGGAACAGGCUGAUCGAAGAGAGUUCUUCUGUUAUGGAAGCAGCUUACAGCUGUCACUGGUACGACGGCUCGGAAGAAGCCAAAACUUUCGUCCAGAUCGUGUGUCAGCAGUGCCAGAAGGCGAUGCAGAUAUCUGGAGCGAAGUUUUUUACUAUAUCCCUGGACUUGUUCGCAUCUGUGCUUGGCGCCGUUGUAACCUACUUCAUGGUGUUGGUGCAACUCAAAUAAGUCGCCCAAAGUGUUGUUUCUUCAGUUUAGCUAUAAUUUAAUGGGCAAAGAUUAAUUUCGAUACCUGAUAACAAUCAAGUGAUUAGAUGGAAUCGUUAAGGUGCAUAUUUUAAAUUUUAAGAUCGUCUCAUCACUUAGAAUAAUGUGUCUGUAUAAAUCUAUUUAAGUGAUAGUCAAGUGCUGGUCUGCACAAAUGUUCGUAGCUUUAGAUUUAUAGUCUAGCAUUAAUUAAUUACUUUUUUAAGUUAAGCACAAGAUGUGAUAUUUAUCCCUGUUACGGGAUUAAUAUUUGUUCGAGCAGGGUAUGUCACUGUUAGACUUAGAUCGUACUAAUCACGACUUCUAUAAUUUUAAAGAGACAUUCUGAGUCUGCGUAAUUAAGUACAAAAUUCUGUAAUCUUAAUCCGUAUGCGAUAGCAAUAACAAUGAAAGUUGACAUUGUUGGUGCAUAGUAUCUUACGACUAGGCACAGUAUUUUGUAUAAAUAGUUCAAAUAAUCAAAAAAAAUAUAUGUAUAUCAAUUUUUCUCCGGUUACAGUAACUAUUUUUACCUAGAUAGUACGUCACAACCUUAGAGUAAAUGUAAAUUAACACCAAGUUAAAAGCAUUCAAAAGUGUCUUAUAUUUCAUGCUAAUUUUGUCCUAUUGCACACAAAUGUUCAUUUCUACUACUUCUUUAUUUAACAAAACUACUACCCUGUACCUGAUUCUAUCAAAGGGGGAACAUAAUCUAACGCUACUUGUAAUUUAAAAAAAAAAUCUGUAUAACAAACCCUAUGUUAAUGUUACAACAUAUCCUAUUUUAUAUAUCGUUUUUGACGCAUUUUUAAGCUUAAGUGUUAAUAAUUUCAAUUAUUUACCAUAGUUUAAUAAAGUUAACGUUAGUAAAGUAUGUUUUUUAUGGAAAUAUGAAUACCUUGUGCCUUGAUGAUCCGACCUUAUCGAGCAACACCUUGGCCGGAAUUUAAAUCGAUACACC